CCGAACAUCGUUUCAAUUCACAAGCCAAGUUGCAAUGGCCCGCACCAAACAGACCGCCCGCAAGUCUACAGGCGGCAAAGCCCCUCGCAAGCAGCUGGCCACGAAGGCCGCCCGCAAGUCCGCCCCUGCCUCCACGGGCGGCGUCAAGAAGCCCCACCGCUACCGCCCCGGCACGGUGGCCCUUCGGGAGAUCCGCCGCUACCAGAAGUCCACGGAGCUGCUCAUCCGCAAGCUGCCCUUCCAGCGCCUCGUCAGGGAGAUCGCGCAGGACUUCAAGACAGACCUGCGGUUCCAGAGCGCAGGGAUCGGAGCGUUACAGGAAGCUUCGGAAGCCUACCUCGUCGGACUCUUCGAGGACACCAACCUGUGUGCCAUUCACGCAAAACGAGUCACAAUCAUGCCGAAGGACAUCCAGCUGGCGAGACGCAUCCGCGGAGAGCGAGCAUAGAGGCCUCAAGCGCAAUUGGAAUUUUGCUUACUACUGAAUUUAGUUAUAUCAUGUUUUGUUCCGACUUUUUGUAGAUUUUAAGGUCCAUGCUCGUGACCACCGGUGCUCAGACGGUUAAAGUGUUUUCCCAAAAUAUAAAAGAAACAAAAACAA